CUGGUAGAAAUCUAAUCUCAGUCCGUCCUCACAGCAGCAGCUGCAGGUCUCUCCCUGUGGGAACUCAAACACAUGAUGGCAGCGCCCAAGAAAGUCUGUGUGAUCGGCUCUGGUAACUGGGGCUCAGCCAUUGCCAAGAUUGUGGGAGCCAACGCGGCCAAAUAUGACACGUUUGACACCACAGUGAACAUGUGGGUGUUUGAGGAGACGGUGAACGGCCGUAAGCUUUCGGAAAUCAUCAACACGGACCAUGAAAAUGUGAAGUACCUGCCGGGUCACAAGCUGCCCCCCAAUGUGGUGGCCGUUCCAGACCUGGCCGAGUCGGUGAAGGGAGCCGACAUCCUGAUUUUUGUGGUUCCUCACCAGUUCAUUGCCAGGGUGUGCGACACCAUCAAAGAUCACAUAAAAAAGGAGACCGUGGGGAUGUCUCUCAUCAAGGGUGUAGACGCAGGACCGGAGGGUCUGAAGCUCAUCUCCGAAGUCAUCCGCGGGAAACUCGGCAUCACCAUGACGGUCCUCAUGGGUGCCAACAUUGCCAAUGAGGUCGCCGAGGAGAAGUUCUGUGAAACAACCAUCGGGUGCAAAGACAAAGUAUAUGGACCCCUGCUGAAGGAGCUGAUGCAGACCACCAACUUCCGUGUGACUGUGGUGGAAGAGUCUGAUGUGGUGGAGAUCUGUGGAGCCCUCAAGAACAUCGUGGCAGUGGGAGCAGGCUUCUGCGACGGCCUUGGAUUCGGCGACAACACCAAAGCUGCAGUGAUCCGCCUCGGCCUGAUGGAGAUGAUUGCCUUCGCCAAGGUCUUCUGCACGGACUGCCCCGUCUCCCCCGCCACGUUCCUGGAGAGCUGCGGCGUCGCCGACCUCAUCACCACCUGCUACGGAGGACGCAAUCGCAAGAUCGGAGAGGCGUUCGCAAAGACGGGAAAAAGCAUCGAGCAGCUGGAGAAUGAGCUGCUGAACGGGCAGAAGCUUCAAGGUCCGGCCACAGCCAGCGAAGUCCACGUCAUUUUGAAACAGAAGAGCAUGAUGGACAAGUUUCCUCUAUUCACUGCUGUUUAUCAGAUCUGCUUCAACGGCCAUCCGGUCACAGAGUUCAUCAAGUGUUUGCAAAACCACCCUGAGCACCUGUGAAAGACUCAAACGAGGACCCGUGGAAGAUGGACGGACGUUGGAAAAGACUUAUUAGAGCUACUGUACAACCAAGGUGUUAAUGGAGGGUUGGGUCGGGGGUUGUAUUUUGGUCUGGGCAACAGACCUUCUCUUGCAGGGCUCACUUUUUCAGUCUACCACUAGAAAAAAAGAAAAAUGGACUCCGUCUGCCCUUUGCUUACCCGAGCUGCUGACCGAAGCACGUUUUCUGUUUCUACGGACUCUUAAAUUAUUGUACAGAAGAUUUGAGUCUUAAAUCUUUUGAAAUGUUGUCUUAAAUCGACUGAUACACUAAGAAUAAUCACAGUCUUAUAAAAUGCUACAAAAAUGGGCCUUUUCAUUCAUACAUAAGUUUCCGACAGCAAACAAAGCACUGAACAAAAAUCACUCCAAUAAAGUAUUUUUUUCCCCCUUCUUCAUUCAAACAUAAUGAAAGUGCCCCACAAUUUCCCAUUGUGUAUUUUAGAAUAAAUAAUUUUAAUCUUUA